AUGCGCAUGCUCUGUAUCGCCAUGAUUCGACGUUUAUGGUUUUGUAGCUCAUGGAGGCGGUCUGUCCAUUUGUGCCUGAGACCACUUCAUCAACAGGCGCAGGCAACAUCGAAAAGUACAAGAGGCUUACCAAGAAAAUGGCCUAUCGCUGGAGUUGAUCAUAUCAUAUUAGUAGCAUCUGGUAAAGGAGGGGUUGGGAAGUCAACCACGGCGGUCAAUUUGGCAUUAUCUAUGGCUUUAGCUGAAGAUAACAUUUCAGUUGGUCUACUGGAUGCUGACAUUUUUGGUCCAUCAAUACCCAAGAUGAUGAACUUGUGUGGACAACCUGAGCUAACUGAACAGAAUCAGAUGAAACCAAUGGUCAACUAUGGAAUUAAAUGUAUGUCAAUGGGAUUCCUGGUGGAAGAGAGCAGUCCAAUUGUUUGGCGAGGAUUGAUGGUAAUGCAGGCUAUUGAGAGAUUAAUUCGACAGGUAUCAUGGGGACCACUUGAUGUUCUGGUCAUAGAUAUGCCUCCCGGGACAGGAGAUACUCAACUCUCAGUAUCACAGCUCGUACCCGUCAGUGGUAUGCUUAGUUGCCUUAACCAAUCUGAAGUCCUCACACGGACACUGGCGCACGCGCGUGCGUGCGCGCGCGCACACACACACACACACCAUUGCUAGACUGCAAUGCAUGCUGGCCAAAUCUAUAUGCAUAGGAACAAAAUGUUCAUCUGUUUACAACUCACAACAGAAUCAUGCUGCCAUAUAAGGCCUCCUCCAUGUUUACAACUAAGAAGAUGAUAUCCGUCUUUGUCGAGAACUUUCCCACAUUCACAGUGUGACAGCCAACUUCCAAAUGGCAUUGGGCAACCCAUCCUUAAUAGAGAAGCUAAGCGAAAUUUGCUGGGGUUAAUUAAGCGCAAGGUUUUCUGAGCAGGGAACCGCUUCAAGCCAAGAGCCACUACCUUUUCCUUGAACUGAUCUUAAACGAGCCUUGCCUUGGCAUUGUCAGCUGUCUCUAGAAAAAUCUGAACUUUGGCUGAAAAGAGUUGGGCAGAGAGACAGUGCUGAUUAGUG